AUGGAUUCUAAAAAAAGACGAAUUUCGGUAUGUGAUUUACAUUAUUAUAAGUAAUCAAUAUUAUUUAUAAAAUAAAAUUUAAUGAAAAGGUAACACAUUGACUUUUCAAUAAAUUCUUUAGAUAUUGAAGCCAACCUUCGACAGUCCAGAUGAAACAGCUAACUUGUUAACUGAUAUUCCGGCUGCCAAGCGUCGAGUCUCCUUCAGUUCAACGAAGAUUGUCCAGUAAGUCAAGGUGUAUAUAUUUGAUUUGUGUUUAGACAGUUUCAUAAGGAGAAUCUGCAGUUUAUUCAUGAUCCCACAAAUGAGUACCUUUAUUUAUCAACUUCCACUGAGAUGUCAGAAGAACGGGCACGAAUGUAAGGUUUUUGGACUUGAUUUUACAUUGUUUUAGGUAUCUAUUACUCAAAAAGGCAUACUUUUGAUAAAACGAUUGUUGUUUUCGGUCGAUUUAAAAGAAAAAAUUUAAAAUUAUGAAAAAUUUUUAGUUUUGACAAUUAUUUGAUCGCUGAAAGACACGUACCUAAUUGUUAUUUUCUUAAUCAUAAUGUUUUAGGUCGUUCAGUAACAAAGAGAACACACGAGACUAUUCCGAAGCCGAAUUGAAUGCUUCUCAAGGUUUGUCGAUGUUGAGAAUGGGGAACGAGCUCAAUGGGUCUAAAUUGAAUGCUGAUGACACUGCUGGAGUCUUUAAUCAAAUUUCAGGAGGUAUAUUUGACUAACAGCUUAUGUUUUUAGCUUUUAUAUGUUAAUGUAGCUUUUUUAAAGAUAAUAUAGCAUCAAUCUCCUAUAUUUAAAAAAAUAUUAUUAUUUAGCAUUUUAUAAAACAUGUUGAGUUUUAAAACGAUAAUAUAUUAUCAUGGAGUAAUAUCAAACUACCCAUAACAAUAUUAUUACUUAUAGAUCGUCCGUUAUCAACAAAUGUCACAGCGAACGAUGCGUCGUCUGAGAAUACGGAAUGUUUGUUUCCGAAUAUGCAAAAGACAAAAGAUUACACAGUAAAUUCGAUUCAAGAGACUAUGAUGUUGUUCAACAAAGAUAACAAACCAAGACAACCUCAAGAACUUACUUUGUAUGGCUCAGGUGAUCAGGUAAGUUAUUCUUAUGUUAAGUAUGAUAUUAUAUUAUAAAAAUUAAAUUGUAAAUGUACAUCAAUGUCUCUAAAACGUUGUUUUAUAGUACAAUAUAUGGAAUGUUGCAACAUGUUGUACUAUUUUCAUUUUUUGAAAAGUUUUUUUUUAUUUUUUUAUACUACGAUGCAAAGAACGGUGGGUAAAAUUAGAUAUUUUGGUAUUUAUGAAUAUUUUGAAUAACAAAUUUGUAUUUUCAGUCUGACGAGAUCACAAGCACGCUUCAGUUGUUUCAGCACGAUUCGGACCAGAAAUUGGUAGGUUUUCAUGUUGAGCUUAAUCUUUUCUAUUAUUCAUACCUAAAUUGUCUAUCCUUCAUACCCAAACUUGGUUUUUUGUGGUAUUACCUGCUUUAUUAUUCUUAUAUAAAUUAACUUAUUUAUAGCCUUAUCGUUUGAAUUCUUGUAAGCUUAUUAAUAUAAUUACAGGCUAAUAUCUCCAUUCCGAACCCAACAAACGAACUGACGGUGGACGAAGAAGCAGAAGUCGCUCGAAGACGGACGAUGGAUCUUUUCAGCAUUCAAAAGGAUAAGACGCUCGAACGGACCCACGAUGUCAGUGUAAGAUCUUCAAGUACUUGGAAUGUAGGCAACGAAAGCACGCUACACUUCUCCUUUCACGAUGCUGAUGUUGUGUUUGACGAUAUUACUAACGGCGAGACUUCUGCUGUUGUACAGCAACAGGAAAAAGCAGAGGCUACGGAUGAGGCGGUAAGUAUUGUACUUAUAAUUAUUCAAUCUAAGUUUUUUUUAUCUCAUGAUUAUUCUUGUUUUAUCGUUUAUAACAUUUGAAAUAGUAUAUUUAUGUACAUUGUUAUAAUUUGAUUCUUAUAAAUUUAUUAAAACUGUCAUAUGUUGAAGUUUACAAGCUUACAUACAUUAUUAUAGCCUAACUCCUCCAUUCCAACCCCGACUCCAGAAUCCCCGAUGGAACAAGAAGCCGAAGUUGACAGAACACGAACGGUGGAGAAUAUUGAAAAAGAUGAGACUCUCGAACGGACUUAUGUUGUUAAUGUACGAUUCCCAAACACUCAGAUCGCAGUCGACGAGAGCACGGUCAACUUCUCCUUUCACGAUGCUGAUGUUCUCCUUGAAGGUGCUACUAACAAAGAGGCUUCUGCUGUUAUCGAACAACAGAAACAGCCAGAGGCUACAAAUGAGGUGGUAAGUCUUUUACCUAUAGUUAUAUUUGAAGUUUGAUCCUAAUAGAUGUAUGGGAAGAGUUAAUGGUUUUGUUCACGUAUCUUAUGUGGAUUUAUAUAUUUAUUUAGAUUUCUGUUCAGAUUCCACAGCCUCCGAUGGCGACGCAAACGUUCAUACCAGCAAGUAAAGCGCCAUUGUGUAUGCCAAGCCCUUUUGUCCCCACGACUACGAUGCCUACAGCUACAUUGCCUACGACUACAAUACCUACGAUCACGAUGCCGACCAGCAAACUGAAGGAAGCCAUCAUCAACCAUCCAGGUCGUGCUCACAUCAACUUUGCUGAACUUGAAGCCUUGACAGACAUGUCUCCGAUGGUGAACAUUGAGGAAUUUGGAGAACCGUGCUGUUCACUCUCUGUAGAGCCGGCUUUCGUUGAGGGAGAAGAUUCUCUAAAGCGAAAAGCUAGUAAGUUGGUUUCGAAUUUUUUUUGUAUAAAAUUGAUCUACUGGUGAUUAGUAAUGUUUGUUUUGUUACCUAAAUUAGCUAUUUUUGCCUAUAAUUAAUAAUAUGUUAUCCAAAUUAUGCUUUUUAUUUAAAAUUAUUACCUAAAUUAACUAUUUUCAGCUUAAGUAGGCUUCUUUGUUACCUAAAAUAAAUAGAAUUGAAAUUUAGCGAUAUUUAGAUUGAUCUUUUUAAUUUUUUCAGUGGAGAUUACUGCUCGAGUACUGUCAGCUUACGGAGGUAACGAACAUGAAGCCAGAAAUCAUAUCAAACGAGAAUAUCAGGCCAAGUUAGAUGCCAUGAAGCCAGAAGUGGAGAAGCUGGAGGUUUUGACUGCCAAGUUGAAAGCCGUGACUGACAAAGAAACCCGACUUCGAGGAGUCUACAACAACCUGGUCGAUAAAUGUGUCCAAAGAGAGAAGAUACUCGACCAAGAAUUGACCACUCACAGAGCUCGUGGUGAACAACAUAGACAACGGCUGAUAGAACUGAUCGGACAAUUCGAAUCGUACAGUGAUUGA